AUGUCUCUUUCGCGAGAGAAAGGCGACGCAAAUGAAGGCGUAUUCAAGAGGAUGCUCGAGUCGCACCAUGCCUUGGUAGUGAAGGCCCUGCAGCAGCUGUACACCCACUGCGUAAAUAAUGAGUGCUUUCCAGGAGACCCAAUCGAUGUUGUGGAUGGUAAUCCUUGCACCCAUGCCAUUCUGGAUAGAUUAGGGUUGAUCAAACAAGCUGAGGAGUCACCGGAGACGUUAGAGGGAAAUAGUUCAUCCUCUUCGCCGUGUUGGGAAAAGAGUCCGAUGUCAUCCGACUCCGUCGAAACGAAUGGGUUGUCCCUAGAGCCUGUCAGUUCCCUUGAGCUUUCCCCGUCAAGCACGAGCGCCUUAGCAUCUCCAUUAGAACAGGACUGUGUGAAAAUUGAACCAUCCUUUGGCCGACAUCAUGCUACAUAUUCCGUCUACUAUUGUAGUGACAAUGUGUGGCCAAUGCAGGGCCCACCCGAGGAAUUCAUCCACUCUUACUCGACUGCGGGGUUUAGUCCGGAGGCUGAACGUAUCGCGGGCAGCUCCGAUGGCAAUCUGACAUAUCUCAGCGUUGGCACGGCGAACUGCUUUACGCAAGUAGGAGAGCGACACAUCGGUAUACCAAGGCCAUGUCCGCAAGAGGAUGGCAGCAUCGUGUAUCCUCAUGUCAGUGGUGUUGGAUUCUACCAUGGUCUAAAUGGUGGCACCGGAGGAGCAGAAUCUCAGUUCUGCUGGGCGCCUUCAAAUUAG